AAGCAUACACGAAAAGGACAUUAAUAACACUUGAAUUAGAUUAACAGAUGAUGCGAUUGAAGAAAAAGUACAAGCAUUAAGAGAAAAAUUAUUGGCUGAUCUGGAAAAGAUGGAACCUGUAGAUGCUAGAAAGUAAGUUGUAUUUAUACUCUGCCAUCCUUUAUCCUUAACAUGACUAGUUUCAAGGAGUACGAAACGCAUCAAUUACAAGCAGCUAAAGAAAAAGACAACGAAAAAUUCAAAAAGGCCUUGAGGAUCAACAAAGAAUACGUAGAAGGUGCUGCUUUUGAUCGUGAACUGCAAGCCAAAUUAAGAGAUGAAAGAAAGGCUCGUAAAGACGCAGAAAUUGAAGCACGUUAUGAAAGACAAGAAAAGAUGGAAAAAGAAAGACGUAGACGUUACAGAGAUCAAGAAGAAGAUGAAGACAGAGGACGCACGAGAAAGAGAAGACGUAGCCCUUCUCCUCGUAGAAUACGUAAGAGACGUUACAGUAGUUCCAGAAGUCCUUCCAGCAGCUCUUCAAGAAGCUCUUCAAGAAGCUCUUCAAGAAGUCCUUCAAGAAACUCUUCAAGAGGUAGAAGUGUCUCAAGAAGAAGAAGUCCUUCAAGAGGAAGAAGAGACUCAAGAAGUCCUUCUUCAAGCAGCAUAGGUUCUUCAAGAAGUCGUUCUUCAAGAGGAAGCUCUAGCACAAGUCGUAGUCGAUCUGUUUCUCGUCAUAGAAGACGUAGCUAUAAUCGCUCAAGAAGUUACAGUCGUUAAAUAAAGUUUAUUUUGUUUUACCAACGCACCCAAGUGGUUCUAAAUUGAUCUGCAAAUGAUCUCAUCUGGC